UUGCACGCGGAGCGGCCUGUCCUUGUUUGUCGCCAGAUUCAUCUUUUCGCCCUGGCUCCGGUUAGCUCGAGCAAAGAGGCACAAUGUUUGCUCUCAUUCUCAGGGUUGCGGCAUGUCUUACUGUUGUAAAAGUCGGAGCUAAUCCCUUGAAGAGCCAUCUCGGCACUUGGCGCAUUGUGGGGGGUCGUGACGUAGUGAGGGGCCAGUUCCCGUACAUGGUAGCCCUCAUGGAGUCUGGCGACCAAAUAUGUGGGGGAUCACUGAUUGAUGACAACACCGUGCUCACUGCUGCUCACUGCUUCAAAUUCCACCCUAAGCCCGAUACAUGGAGUGUUGUCCUUGGCGGUGAACCUUCCCUUUACAAGUCUGAUAUGAAAAACGACACGCAGAUUCUAAAGGUCAAGGACAUAAGACUACAUCCGGGAUAUGAUCCACAUCACAUGGGAAGAGACGACAUCGCCAUUUUGAAACUAGCCGGACGAGCAACGAUGUCGGAUAAAAUUGCACCAAUUCGCUUACCUUCCAAGGAUGAUAGGGCCGCGCCAGAGACAGAAUGCAUUGCAAUUGGUUACGGAAAUACGGACGCGUACGGAAUGAACGGUUACAUACUUCUCUUCACCAUGUUGCGGACCAGAGAAAAGACAGUCUGCACAAAAGCUUACCCAAACUCCAGCAUCUACGCAGAGAAUGCAUGCGCAGGAGGCUAUGCCGGAAGGAGUACGUGCGGGGGCGACUCGGGAGGACCUCUCGUCUGUCCUCGCGGUAACUUACUGGUUCUCGAAGGUGUGACGUCAUGGAAUACAGAAAUGUGCGGAACUGUCGGAAAGCCAGCUAUUUUCACCGCUGUAGCCUCCUAUCGGGAGUGGAUUGAACUAAAUAGACACUGAAAGUUCGGAAAAUGCUUGAAUGUAUCGAAAAGUAGCAAAAUUGGUGGAUAAAACUGGACUUCGAACCCCUUAUUUUCACCCCUUUUAUUUUGG